AUGAAGCAAAGUUCCCGCAAGCCUCUCCGUGAAGACCACGGCGUUUUGUACCUGCACGGGCCCCGGGACGCCGGCCAGACGUCGCUGCUGCUGCAGUUCGGCUUCUCGCAGGCCCAGGCCGGCAGGAACGUGGUGCUCGUCAUGUGCGGUAGCGCGGGGGCGUCGCAGCAGCCGGCGGCGUCUCAGAUCGUGCCGCUCACGCCCUGCGCCAACUGCCAAAUGCCGGUGCAGACCGGGGAGGACAACGGCAUCUGGAGCCGCAUCCACAUCAACAGCGCGGAGCUGCAGCAUUUCCUGUGUUCACUGCACGUGGUGGACAAAGAGACGUCGGUCUUGCUGGUUGAGGGCUUCGAGAGGUUUUUCUCUGACCACAGUCAUAUGGGGAGUGUGUACCAGACGCUGGCCUAUUUGAUGGAAGCGAAGGAAUACAUGAAGACGGCCACAGGCUCUGGAGUUGCAGUUGUAACAGGGAACACGGACGCGUUUCUGCUUCGAGACCGACCGCUGCUUCGUCGGUGGUGCAGGUUCCUAGAGAUCGUUCCUGGUACUGAGGAGCCUGAUGUGUAUACGCUGCGUGAAGAGGUCGAAGAUGCAGCAGAUGUGAGGGAAGAUGUCGCGAGAGUACAGUCAAGAUGA